AUGAGUGCGAAUCAGCAGCCCUUUGCGCCUGUCCUGAGCGCUCUGGCGACCAUGCAGAGCAAUGUGGGCAAUGCGCAAAAGGGCCAGGCCCACUCCUUCCUCGAGCAAUUCCAGAAAUCCUCCGAGGCAUGGACUUCGACAUUCGCCAUGCUGCAAGCCACGCAGCAAACCAGCGACGAGGCGAAGCUCUUCGCCGCAACGACGUUGAAAGGGAAGAUUGUCUUUGACUUUCACCAGCUGCCCAAAGAAAGCCACGAGCAAUUACGAGAUACCCUCCUACAAUGCCUCGCCUCCUACGCCAAAGGACCGAAGCCCAUACGAACACAACUCUGCGUCUGCCUCGCCAACCUCGCCAUUCAGAUGCUCGAGUGGAAAGAUGUGCUGCAGAUGGUGGUGUCGACGUUGGGAAGCAAUCGAGAGAGUCUCCCGUGCGUUCUGGAGUUCCUGCACGUGCUGCCGGAAGAGGUCACGGAGGGACGCAAGAUUAAUUUGACAGAGGAUGAGCUGCGAGAUCGGACAACGGAGCUGCUGGAGGACAAUGCGCCGCAAGUGCUACGUCUGUUGACCCAGUACGCAGAAUCCUCGGCGGAGGCGCGCAACAAUCCCCAGCUCAUGGACUGCAUCACCUCCUGGACGCGCGAAAUCCCGCUCAACGAUAUCGUCAACUCUCCCCUUAUGGAUGUCAUUAUGGAUGCCGUCCGAGGGGAUACGUCAUUCGAUGCUGCGGUCGAGACGCUGUGUGCCGUUUUCAAGGAAACGCGCGAGGUGGACGAAAACAUGAGCAUCAUCAAAUCCCUAUAUCCUCGGUUGGCGACAUUGCAGCCGCGGAUACAGGCCUGUGCGGAAGAAGAGGACUGGGAUACGCUGAAGGGAGUGACCAGAGUAUUCGCGGAAGCCGGCGAGGCCUGGGUGAUGUUGAUCGUACGAGAGCCCGCACAGUAUCGAGCAUUGGUGGAGUGCAUACUGGAGUGCUGCUUGCGAGAUCGCGAGCGCGACGCUCUGUCACAAACUUUCAACUUCUGGUUCGAGCUGAAGCAGUACAUCACCCUCGACCGGUAUAUGGAAGCGCGUCUACAGUUCGUCGACCUCUACUCCAAGCUCGUGGACAUCAUGAUCGGCCAUCUGGAGUACCCCGAGUCCCGAACCAACGACUACUUCGACGGCGACCGGGAAGCCGAGGAGAAGUUCCGCGAGUUCCGCCAUCUGAUCGGGGAUGUGCUGAAGGACUGUUGCGAGGUCAUCGGCACGACCGAGUGCUUGCAGAAGAGCUACGUGCUCAUCGAGGCAUGGGUGAACACGUACGGCCCGCAAGCGAACAACAACGUCCCCAAGUGGCAGAAGUUGGAGGCGCCGCUCUUCAGUAUGCGUGCCAUGGGCCGCAUGGUCCCGCCGGACGAGAGCAUCAUGCUACCUCGCCUCAUCCCGCUGAUUGUCCAAAUUCCCGACCACCACAAAGUCCGCUUCCAAGCUGUCAUGGCAUUGGGCCGAUAUACCGAAUGGACGGCCAAGCAUCCCGACACGCUCCAAGAGCAGCUCAAUUUCAUCAUGGCCUGCUUCUCCCACGCGGAUAAGGAGGUCAUUCGCGCCGCGGCGCUCAGCUUCAAGUUCUUUUGCAACGACUGUGCUGCGCUGCUGAAGGAUUACAUGCCGCAAUUGCAGCAGUUCUACGAAUCCAACCUGGAUACUCUUCCGUCGAGUAGCCAAGAAGAGGUGAGCGAAGGCGUGGCGAGCGUUCUCAAUAUGCAGCCGCUCGACACGUUGUACGCCUCUUUCAAGUCGUGCUGCGAGCCGGUUGUGAAGCGGUUAAUGGCCAUGGCGCAAGCGGCUGCCGAGAAGGAGCAGAAAUUGGCCAUUGCAGACCGACUGAACCUCGUCACCAUCUUCAUCCAGACCGUCGCACCGCAAGUCGAGCCAUCGCGACCCCACCCGGUCGUCCAAUACUGCCAGGAGAUCUUUCCCAUCCUCGCCGCCAUCUGCGAAGGAUUCGUCGACUUUGUCCCCAUUGUGGAGCGCGUGUGCCGAUGCUGGAGAUACAUGGUGCUCUCGUACCGCAUCCACACAGCACCCCUCCUGCCCCAGCUGGCGGAAAAGCUAGCGGCCGGCUUCACGGCCAGCAGACAAGGCUGUUUCCUCUGGGCCACCGACAGCAUCGUGCGCGAGUUCUCCGACGUCUCCGACCACGUCUCGCAAGACACGACAACAGCCAUCUACACCUUCUACGAGCAGCAAGCGACCACCUUCCUGCGCGCCCUCAACGACCUCCCCCCCGAAGAACUCCCCGACGUAAUCGAAGACUUCUUCCGCCUCAGCGCCGACGUCCUCCUCUACCACCCCGACAAACUCCUCCUGUCCAACCUCAUGCCCCCCAUCCUCUCCGCCGCCUCCACCUCCCUCACCCUCCUCAAGGAAGAGCCCCUCAUCGCCACUCUGCACUUCCUCCGCGACUUCCUCGCCUACGGCUCCGACGCCGCUCCCUCCUCCACCUUCGACCCCGACGGCCAAUACCGCAACCGCGCCAACCCGGCCCCCGUGCGCGAAAACGUGCACAAGCUCGUGCUCGCGCAGGGCGAGCCCGUCACCCAGCGCUGCAUGACGGGCAUGAUGUACACCUUCCCCGCUGACUGCUUCCCCGACGCGUCGGGCGUGCUGCUCGCGCUCUUCCAACUCCUCCCGCGCGAGGUGGCCGCUUGGACGGCCAAGACGGUUAGCAUGCUGCCUGAAGGCAGUGUCGCGCCGCAGGAGCAGGAGCGCCUUUUGCGCAAUAUUCAGCAGCGCAUUGAGAGUGGGGAGGUGAGGCGUGUGCGCACGCUGUUGCAGGAUUUCACCAAUAGCUAUCGUAGGCGGAAUGUGGCGCCUCGCGAGGGGUUGGGCAGGUUGGAGGCUACGAGGUUCAGGUUUGCGGGGUAG